AAUAAGUCCGCCGAACCCGGAAGUACUUCCGUCGUAGUAAAUGGCGGUUGUGAGCAGGGUGGCCAGUAAACAUUACCACGGUUUUAACUAUCGGCUCACGUGUCGCGCGGACAGGAAGUUCACUGAAAAAGAGACGAAAACGACGCGACCGUUGAGCUGAUGGAGAACGAAGGUGGAGAAAACGAAGGUGGAGAAAACGGAGGUGGAGAAAACGGAGGUGGAGAAAACGGAGGUGGAGAAAACGACGCGCAGCCCGAAGAGACGGAGCUCCGGCUCCGAGUGGAGUCGUUGAAGCGGGAGCUCCGCGACUGCAGAGCCGAGCUGUCCAAGUUACAGAAGCAGCUGAACCAGUCCGACCGACUGCAGCGGAGCACCGAGAGCUACAACGAAGACCUGCGGAAACAGGUCGACCAGCUGAGUGCAGAGAUUCAUGAGCGGAAGAAGAAGGAUAAAGACAAAGUGCACAAUGAAACUCAGACGGAAGAAUAUGUGUGGACAGAAACAGAUUAUUACAACUACUACUACGGAGGCCACUCUCAGAACCCGGAGGCUUCAGACACGAAGGACGGCCUGAACACAGCCGCCGCGGAGGAGGAGGCGGCGGCGGCUAAUGGCAGCGAGGCAACAGAGGUUCCAACACCGGUGCAAGCGGCUAAUGCUAACGCUAACCCAAACCCCGAUGACAGCGUUGCAGCCACAACCGAGGAGGGUAACGGAGGAUCCAUCGCUGAUAUGUUGAGGGCUACUGCUGAAGAGGCUAUGACACAAACCGGGUUCGUCUUUGAUGAGACGACCGGGAUGUACUACGACCACAGCACGAGCUUCUACUACGACUCGGCCAGUCAGUUGUACUAUGAUGCCAACACAGGCUUUUACUACUGCUUUGAUGCAGAGAGUGGGCGAUACCAAUUUCACUCCAGGAUCGAGGUGCCCGCUGUACAAACGGCUGCAGAGCCUGUUCAAGACAAGAGCACCGGGGAAAAGAAAAGCAGGAAGUUGAAGAAAGGGUCCAAGAAAACAUCCCACCAGGAUAAUAAGGAACUCGUAUUCAAUGAGGUGAAGUUGGAAGAUGAAGAAACUGAAUGGGUCGAAAGGAAAACGACGAAGAAGUCCUCGAAACUGAAACGAAAGUCUCGCAGUCCAGACGUGGCUCCACGCAGAAAACACUCCUCCAAACGCAGAGAGGGGAGCAGCAAAACGUCAUCAAAGAGGAAGAGGCAGAAAACAGAUUCUGAUGAUGAGGAUGAUAAGGAUAGAUCGAGGAGGAAAAGGAAGAAAUCCAAGUCAAAGAAGCCGAAGAAGAAAAAGAGUCCGGCUUUGAGCGACGACUCCGAGGGCAACAGCGAACCGGAAGAGGGCGAGAUCACAGAGUCGGAGAAAGAGGAGUGGGAGUCCAUUCCCUCGGUCUCAUCAUCUUCUAGCUCCAGUUCCAAGGAAAUGUCAGAAAUGGAGACCCAGAGUCAUGAAGCCAAAGACAUCUGGCCGCCCUGUGUAAGAGUGACGGUGGUCAGAUCCCCGGUCCUGCAGGUGGGCACUCUGUUCAUCAUCACAGCCGACUCUCCAGCCACCGUCGGCAGGGAGAAGGACAUGGACCAUGCAAUCCGAAUACCAGAAAUGGGAGUCAGCAAGCUCCACGCCGAGGUGUACUUCGACCACGAGCUGCAGGGCUACAUGCUGGUGGACCAGGGAAGCCAGAAUGGAACCGUCAUUAAUGGCAACAGGAUCUUGCAGCCCAAAACCAAAUGUGAGCCACACGCGCUGAUGCACGGCGACGAGGUAAAGAUGGGCGAGACGGUGCUGUCGUUCCACAUCCACUCGGGGACAGACACCUGUGAUGGCUGUGAGCCCGGUCAGGUGAUGGCUCACCUCAGCAAGCACAGAAGAGAGGAGAACACAGGCCCCACUCUCACCAAAGAGGAUAAAGAAGCACUGAGACAAAAGGAGCUGAAGCAGAUGAAGGCAAAGUAUGGCCUGCAGAGCAGCGAGUACGAGGAGGCCAAAGCUCUAAAGAACCCCAGAUACCAGGACCGAGCGCAGUCUCGCCGACAGACGGUGGGCAGCGAGGGAGUUUUUCAACGCGACGAUGCACCCGCUUCCGUUCAUCAGGAGAUCAGCGAAGUCAAUAAAGGACGGAAAAUGCUGGAAAAGAUGGGCUGGAAGAAAGGAGAGGGGCUGGGUAAAGAGGGAACUGGAAUGAAAGACCCGAUUCAGUUGAAAAUCCGAAAGUCCCAGUCGGGUCUGGGGGCCGGUGCCGCCAUGUCUCUGGACUGCGUCUCGGUGACCAAAUCAAAGUCCCAAAAGAACUGGGAGAAAGCCCGCGAGAGGUUUGCCGACUCGUGCCAGCCGGACGCGGCGUCACUUAAAACGCAGAAGAGCAAGUCGCCCAAAGCCUGGGUGAAAGAAGAGGAGACGGAGACCACCAACACGCAAGCGAGUUGUGACUCAAACGACCACAGUUGGGAAUGAACUACGGGGUCUGACGUGCCCGAGCAGCCAUACGUUCCACAUGAGGCGGCGCCGGAGACCCCGGCAACCAAUCGAAUGCCAGCUGGGUUCUCACAACCUUACUGAAGUUCACAGGAAGUGUAACUGUUACCAUUUGUGUUUGUGUUUUUAUUUCUUCUCCAUAAGUGAACUGUGUGGAAUGUUUACAGUCCCAACAAGAACUCUGAAGUGUGUGUGUGUGUGUGUGUGUGUGUGUGUGUGUGAUGGGUCAGUGUGGAGUCCAGUCCACGGAGGUCAGAGCCGCUGAUAUUGACAUAAUGGAGCGAUAUUUCUCACAAUGAGAUCAUGCUGCGAUUAAACGACUGUAAUAAAAACUGUAACUGAUCAUUUAAACCAAU